AACUAUUUCAAGGAAUCGUCAGAACUUCCGACAAAGUUUAAAAAGUAUGUUUAUAGGGUCUGUUCGUAUUCUUAUUCUUCGUUGCUCUAGCACUAGCAGCCAGAGCGUUAACACAACCUUUUCUCGCCGCUUUUCUUCCGUUCUGGCGGCGGAAAACGCAAAGGAUUCUGUUAUUGAUUUGGCGCUGAACUCGGUGGUGAAAGUGUUUUGCAGCUCUUCCAAGUCUAACGCUUUGCAACCUUGGCAAAAAAAUCUGCCGCGACGAUGUUCUGGCUCUGGAUUUGUCAUAUCAAACAAUAAGAUUCUUACGAACGCUCAUGUAGUCGCUGAUCACACAUUCGUGCAAGUCAGAAAGCAUGGUUCACCAACCAAAUUCAAAGCAGAAGUCGAAUCAGUUGGUCAUGCUUGCGAUUUGGCAAUUUUGAAGAUUAAAAGCAAAACGUUUUGGAAGGAUUUGAAGCCCUUGGACUUCGGAGACGUACCCUUUCUUAACGAAACUGUGUUUGUUGUUGGAUAUCCAAGAGGUGGUGAUAACAUUUGCAUUACGAAAGGAGUUGUCUCUAGGAUUGAAGUUGGCAGAUACUCUUACAGCAAAACUAGUCUAAUGACAAUACAAACAGACGCAGCUAUUAAUCCUGGAAAUAGUGGUGGUCCAGCAUUCAUGGAUAACAAAGUUGUUGGUGUAGCGUUUCAAGGUAAUAAGGACACAGGCUGCAUUAUCCCAACUCCAGUAGUUAAGCAUUUCAUAUCUGGUGCUGAAGAAAAUGACAAAUUCCCUGGAUUCUGCUCGUUGGGUAUAUUGUGUCAGCAUAUGCAGAAUGCUCGUAUGCGUAAUUACUUCAAGAUGACCCCUAAAAUGACAGGGGUUCUAAUAAAAAGAAUAAACCCGUUGUCGAGUUCUUAUGGUAUUCUGAAAAAAGAUGACGUUCUUCUCUCGAUUGAUGGUGUUUCCAUAGGAAACGACGAGACAGUUGUUUUCCGGAAGACAGAAAGCAUAGAUUUCAAUCACUUGGUUUCUAUGAAGAAACCAUGCGAAACAACAAUUCUGAAAGUCCUAAGAGAUGGAAAAACACAUGAAUUCAAUAUCAAUAUAACCCCCGUGGAACCUCUACUUCCAGUGUCUCAAUUUGAUAAGCUUCCAAGUUAUUACAUAUUCGCGGGUUUGGUCUUUUUUCCUUCUCCUCAGCCAGUAACGAUACCCAAAAAAGCCGGUGAACAGAUCGUCCUACUUUCUCAGGUGUUAGAGGAUGAGACCACUGUCGGAUACACGUUUUUGAACAACUCGCGGGUAAAGAAAGUGAACGGAGUGCAAGUGGAGAAUCUGAAGCAUCUACGUCAGCUCAUCGACAAAUGUUGCACUGAGGAUUUGAGAAUUGACCUAGGGAACGAUAAUACCAUCAUCAUCGGCUACAAGUCUGGGAAAAGAGCAACUCCUAAGAUUUUAAAACGUUAUGGAAUACCAGCGACCAUGUCUAAUGACCUUCAAUCUUUGUAACCGAAUUGUAGCUAAUUAACCAAAGAGAAAAAGGAAGAUUGUGAUUUUAU